UGUGCGAAAGCUGUGUCAUCCAGAGGGUGGGAGGGAGGUGAGGGUGUUUUGGCGAAUCGCGGGUUGCGGAGGUUUGCGGAGGUGAUUGUUGGCGAUGUUGGGCACGUGGCAAGUCAGGUCAGGUCAAGCUAAGGCAGGUACGCGUUCAGGGAUUGGGAGGGUGAAAGCUUCAUUUUAUGGGUGUGAGGGUUGUGGGAUUUUUGCUGAUCGUGGCGCUGUGAUGGGAUGUGGAUGUGGUCGUUCCACAUGUAUCCCCACCCAGGUACCUGUCAGGCGCCUCGUUAAAGAGGUUAUACAAGCAUGUUUAGAUAGCUCCUCAUUGCAAUGCAAAAUGUAGUAUAAAGCACUCACUGCCUCAAUAUCUAGGAGGACACGAUAUCCAAGCCUCCCACCUGCACCACGC